CAGUGCAUUAUUUUCACAGCGCCAAAGAUGGAGCAGUAACCGGAAGUUGAAGGAAUUAUGAAAGUCAAACUGCAGCAUGCCUAGAUGUGUGUUUAGCUAACCUUCAAUAGAGCAAUAAUGUUAGGAAACAGAUUAUUAAAGAUAGCCACGUUUACUAAAUGCAUCAACACCAAUGCAUCGACGUUGCUGGACAGGACGUACUCCUUAAACAGAAUACAAAUAUGCGGAUAUGCGAAAAAAGUUGCGGCCAAAGGCAAAGGUAAAGGUGCGGCAAAAGAAGAGCUGAAAGGUCCAGAGGUGUGUAAAGACCCUGUCCGACUGACUUCUUAUGCAGUAGGCGCCAACAUCCUCAAACAAGGAGAAGACCCAAAGCUGAAGCCUCCUGAGCAAUAUCCAGAGUGGCUGUUCCAGUUGAACCUAGGACCUCCAGCAAAGCUGAACGAGCUGGAUUCAGACACUUGGGAGUACUGGAAGCGUUUGAGGAAGGAAAAUAUUUGGCGCUACAACAGACUUCAUAAAGGGAAGAAAUUUUAGGACAACACUGGACUGAGAGGGUGCUUCUUCCUGUAACUUGGGUUUGGGCAGAAUCUAUGGAUUGAAUAACCUGAUAAAAUGCAUUUUCAGAUGUGGUGUUGAGCCAAAUUCAGUGUCUUGUCUUUAAUCAUUUAUUAAAGACUAACUGGUGAGAAUACUCAAACACCGAAAACAAUCUCUGUUGGUUACGUUAACAAAAAAAAAAAUGAUUCCAACGCUUGUACAUUUCAUCUCAUUUGUACAUGUAUCUUUUGAAGGGGACAGUAUUUGCCUAGCUGUCAUGAAAAUGUAGGCUUUCCAUGUAAAAGCUUUUGUGACAGGACUGAAUUAUAAUAAAGAAAUGAAUAUGGCUUG